GCCCCCAGACUCCCCACCACCGCAGGCAAAGCUUCGGGCAACAACAGCUUGCUCGACUCAGCGCCCAUCUAUCUCUCUUCUCCCCCGCCUGUCUAGCCAGCGGCGACCACCACCACCGUUCAGUUAUUAUAGCAAGCAUGACGAAGCACGGCGUGGUGAUCGGCCCGGAGGACGUCGCGGCGGCGCGGCAUUUCUCGUUCCCGCCGCCGAGGACGGCGGCGGGCGGCGAGUCGUGCAGGAAGCUGGCGGCGCAGGUGGACCUCGGCCCCGCCGUCGUGGGGUCCUGGCUCGACUCCAUGAAGGCCUCGUCGCCCAGGCACAGGCUCAUGGCGCCCGUGCCCGGCGCCGCCGACGCGGAGCACGACGACUGGAUGGAGCGGCACCCGUCGGCAUUGGACCGCUUCGACGCGCUGGCGGCGGCGGCCAAGGGGAAGCAGGUCGCGGUGUUCCUGGACUACGACGGCACGCUGUCCCCGAUCGUGGAGGACCCCGACCGCGCCGUCAUGACGGACGAGAUGAGGGACGCGGUGCGCGGCGUGGCGGCGCGCUUCCCGACAGCGAUCGUCAGCGGGCGGUGCCGGGACAAGGUGUUCAGCUUCGUGCGGCUAGCGGAGCUCUACUACGCCGGGAGCCACGGGAUGGACAUCCGGGGGCCCACCGCCGACGCCAACCACCACCACGGCAACGGCAAGGUAUACCGUCGUACGACCUUUCCGAACUUACAUCACCAUCACCGUCUCUUUGUUUUUCCCCCUUCCUCCCAUUCUCGUAAGCUGACCGUCCGUCCCUGCAAUGCACCAGGCGGAGGCGGAGGCGGAGGCGGUGCUCUGCCAGCCGGCGAGCGAGUUCCUGCCGGUGAUGCAGGAGGUGUACGCGGCGCUGGUGGCCAAGGUGGAGCGCGCCAUCCCGGGCGCCAAGGUGGAGGACAACAAGUUCUGCCUGUCGGUCCACUUCCGUUGCGUGGAGGAGGCGUGCUGGGCCGCGCUCUUCGAGCAGGUCCGCGCCGUGCUGAGGGACCACCCGGGCCUGCGCCUCACCCAGGGCCGCAAGGUGCUGGAGGUCCGCCCCAUGAUCCGCUGGGACAAGGGCAAGGCGCUGGAGUUCCUGCUCCACGCCCUCGGCUUCGCCGCCGACGCCGACCGCGACGACGUCUUCCCCAUCUACGUCGGCGACGACCGCACCGACGAGGACGCCUUCAGGGUGCUGCGCGCGCGCGGGCACGGCGCCGGGAUCCUCGUGUCCAGGUUCCCCAAGGACACCAGCGCGUCCUUCACGCUACGCGACCCCGCCGAGGUCAAGGAGUUCCUGCGCAAGCUCGUCGGCGCCAACGACGACAGCUGAUGAUCCGGCCCGCGAUUCGUUUCCCUUUCCCGCCGUGACCAGCUCCGAUCCGCCUGUGUCAAGCCGCUAACUCAACCUCGGCUACCUACCUGCUGCACCGGCAGAGGGCUUCCUUGUUGUUGCAACUGCAUCUCCAUCGAGCAGCUUGCUUUGGGACAAGAACAGACCUAGCUAGUAGUACAGUAGAGCCCUUUUGUAUCUUCGUUUUUUUUUUGGUUUCCAUCUCUCUUGUUCAUCAUGCAUGCCUGCUGUUGUUUACCAUUUGCCUCGGCUGAAAAGGCUUGUAUUUUCGGCGCCCUUCCCGCGAGGCACUGUAACUAGUUGCUUUGUCUGCUGUACGUACGCGUACCAUGUUGAAAUAAUAUGUCAUGUUGAGGAGCUACUA